AUGUCUGUUACGCCUAAUUAUUUUCCAAAAGGCUCUCGUAUCCUAGUCACCGGUGCAAAUGGAUAUGUGGCGAGUAAUGUCAUCCAACAUUUAGUGGAAGCUGGGUAUAAGGUCCGCGGGACUGUCCGAACUCCAAAGCCAUGGCUAGACGAGAUGUUCAAAGAAAACUUUGGAGAAGAUUCAUUUGAAUCCGUGGUUUUGCCUAAUUUUGAUGACGUUGAUUCGCUUUUUUGCGCUAUGGCAGAUGUGAGCGGUGUGGCUCACGUGGCGUCGGAUGUCAGUUUUGGGACAAACCUGAAGGAUGUUAUCCCGUGGGUUGUCAGGGCUGUUCAGAAUUUUCUGGAAGCUGCAUCGAGACAGCCCUCUGUUCAACGGGUUGUGAUGACAUCGUCGGGUGUUACAGCGAGGGCCCCGAAGCCCAACAAGGACUACGUCACUGUGUAUGAAGAUACUUGGAACGAUGAGGCCAUCAAAGCGGCAUUGGAUCCGACCACCCCGGAAAGAGCAAAGGGGCUCUUGGGUUACUGUGCCUCAAAGACCGAAGCAGAAAAGGCAGCGUGGCAGUGGAUCAAGGAGAAUAAUCCUCGGUUCACAUUUAACGCUAUCCUCCCGUGCUAUACAAUCGGACGGGUACUCCACGAGAAAAUCAACGGCUCAACGAUGGGCUGGGUUCGAGACCUUCUUACUGGCGACCGACAAAUCUUCAGCUUAUAUGUCCCUCUAGAUGUGAUUGACAUUGCGCGUCUCCAUGCACUGGCUCUCCUCAACCCAAACAUUGUCUCCCAGCGUAUCUUUGGAUUUGGGAGUCCGCUUAAUUUGACCGACAUCGUUUCCAUUCUCCGAAAGCUUCGACCUGAAAAUAAGCAGAUUCCUAACGCACCUGAGAUUGAUUGGAAUGAGGAGAGUAUCAUUUUGCCUGCCAAAAAGGCAGAGAAGUUGCUGCAGGACUUCUGUGGGAGGAAAGGUUGGACAACUGCCGAGGACAGUAUCGCCGAGGGAAUCCGAGGUUAUUAA